UGUGUGAAGAGACAGGAUGUUCUUGCUUCUUUGGGAACCUUGAUCCCUCUGCUUCUUUCAGAAGCAAUCAGCUGCUUGCUCUCUUGGCUCACUCUCUGCAUGGGUGAAUGUCCACAACAGCAUGCGACCGUUGUCCUCAAACAAGAAGAAUCUUGCCAGGCUUCUCUGUUGAUAUGUUUUUAUACACACCCUAUCUUUGCCUGAUAGGGUGGUCCUUUGGGCUGUGCAGACACAGGAGGCUGGGAGGUCUGGGAGGUGGGUUCAUUCCAGAUUGGCAUUUUCUAGAUGAAGUUUCUUUGGGCAAGUUACUCGACUUCUCUCUGUGUCUGACUGUCUGAUUGUAAAUGAGGGUCGUGGUAGGAUUGCCUGCUUCAUGGGGCUAUUGCCGAUGAAGCUCUUCACACAGUGUUUGGCACCCAACAAGCACUGGAUAAAUGUUAUCUACCCUUAUUAUUAUACUGUUCCUGUUAUUCUGAAAUUGCUUGUUUCAUUCAAACAUAUGUCUUUGAGAUCUUUCAGGUUCCAACUGUCAUCUUAACAGCUGUACAGUAUUCCAUAAUUUGGAAUACCACCCCCUCCGAAAACUAUUCCUUCUCUAACGCAGCUAGAUAAAGCAACCCAGUCAUUAAAGCUGCCAUUCCUCAUUGACUCUCUUUCUCUUUAGCCCCUUUACCUGUUCAGUGAUGAAGUUCUACUCUCAUUUUAGUUCCUACAUAUGUUCUUAAUCUGCCCCCUGCUCUUGAUUACCCUACCCUAGUUCACAUGCUCCUUGUCUCUCACCAGGACCAUGGCAGCUGAAUGAAUUCCUGUUGCUUCUAAGAUUGCUGGCCACUGGGCUGAAGCCCUAUAAAGUCAUCUCCCAUCCAGCUGCCAAAUCUGCAGAUCUGACCGUGUAAACUCCUCUGCAUGGCACGUGGUGGCCCACGGCAGUCAUGACGCGUGGUGUUGGCUACAAUAUGAUUUAUUGAUGACAGAAAUUUAUGAGGCAGAGAGUUGCAGAGGGUUUAGGCUCUCCCCAGGCCCGUAGUUAUUUUAUAGAGAGGUGGGCAGAGCUGAAUGCACUGUAAAGAACCUUCCAAUAGAGAAUCCAGUACCCACAAGAACACCAAUGUGACAAGAAAUGUCCAAGUGAUGAACCCAAUAAAGCACUUUUGUGGUCUCGAAAGCUCAGCCGGAGCGUUUGUGCAUCCAAGUGGCUAUCAACAGCCAAGCCUCACUGUCCUUUCCAGAGCUGGGAACAGAAGAGCCCCACGGCCAUCCAGCUGAAACCACAAGCAGGACUAUGGCGACCCAGGAAGCCACUCCAGGCAGCCAGUCCGAGGAGAGCAGUGCCUUGGAUUUGCCAACAGUUUAUGACAUAAGAGAUUAUGUGCUGCAGAGACCCCACCAAGAGGCCGACAGUGAGGCUUUUAGUUCUGUAGAAGCCCUUUCUAGUCCUUGCUCUUCUGAUGCAGAUCCAGAUACCAGCAACCUAAAUUCCGAACAAAAUGAUUCCUGGACCUCUGAGAACUUCUGGCUGGACCCUUCUGUGAAGGGACAGGUGAAGACCAAGGCAGAGGAUGAUGGGCUUAGGAAAUCCCUGGAUAGAUUCUAUGAAGUGUUUGGCUGUCCACAGCCGGCCUCUGGAAAUGCACUCUCCGCAGCAGUCUGCCAGUGCCUGUCUCAGAAAAUCAACGAACUGAAGGGCCAGGAGAGCCGAAAGUAUGCCCUCCGCAGUUUCCAAAUGGCCCGGGUCAUCUUCAACCGGGAUGGCUGCUCGGUCUUACAGAGGCAUUCCAGGGAUGUCCACUUCUACCCGUCGGGAGAAGGAAGUGUGUCUCUGGAUGAUGAAAAGCCAACCCCGGGACUUUCAAAAGAUAUCAUUCAUUUCCUCUUGCAGCAGAAUGUGAUGAAAGACCUCUAAGUAGUGCCUGGUGGUAAGAGCAGGCAGUGUGGAGGGUGGUCCGGUGGCCAACGCUGUUAGUGCACACCCACUUCCCCUCCAGCCCCUCUUGCCGGCUCUGUGUGUCCAGCCCCCUGUGUGUCUGGCCCCUGUGUCCACACCACCUCCCACCCCACCCUACCACUCCCUUUGACUUAAGGCCAGUGACUGACUGAUUGUGGAGCCCAGAAGCACAUCUUCCUUGCCCCAAGGAAGGAAGGACAUGCUCUGAGGCAUAAAUUAUUCUCCAGAGCUCCCCUCUGGAUCAGGCCAAGACUGGGACUUCACACGAAAUCACUCCCUCGCUCAGCACCUGCCGUUUCCCUGUCCUCCCAUUCAUCUACUGGUGUCUCCCAGGGGCCUUUCCUUAAUAUAUCUCUUGUACCUGGAUCCUUGACUCAGAAUCUACUUCUGGGAGAACCCAACCUAAGGGAACAGGCUUUCUUUGUUACAUGAGUUUUUUAAAGGAUUUAAAGCUCUGCGCCAAAGCAAGUAUAAGAAUUGUACCAAGUUGUAGAACUGAGACCAUGUGACUGCGCAUGUAUUUCCCAAAAUAACAUAAAGAUUUAAAUACGGUUCCCAAAAGUGCAUCACAUCUUCCUCAUACCCUUGCCUCUCCAAAGCCAGAAUUCCCUGUUUUGUCAUUCUAACAGGGUGUGGAAGGAACAUUUGGAUCAUCUAAAAUAAGAGCUAAGAUUUGCAAAUUAAAAGAAGGGGGGGGCGGGGCUCUCGGUCUCCACCAGAUUGGCAGUGUGGAAGGUGUGAAGAAAACAAAUGUGCGCCACCUACCGAAGGACGCGCCGCGAGGCUGACGGGACGCGGCCUUGGCAGUUUGUGGUGGAAGAGAGUAAGGAAUCCUUUGCCCAGGUGGACUCCUCCCUGUCAUUUUUGCCUUCUGCCUGUACCCUCUGUCACCCUCUGAACAGUUGGCCCCUCACCCCUGUCCCGUCCUUGCUCCGCCAGGGAGUGGCUAUAAAUAGCCAGCGCGGCUUGCGCCGGCAGAGGCCCUGCUCCACGGCCGUGUCCUGAAACCCCCUUUGAGACUUGGGUGGUAGAAUGACGUCACCUGGCACCGAGCUCUUGGAAGCUGUAACUGGAGGCCUCGUGCUAAUCCCUGCCUCGACAGCCCUUCAAAUAAAUUACGUUGGCAGAAAGAGGGCUAUCGUUUGUUUGGGGGAACAACAAGAUGAGGCUGGCAACACUGUGCAGUUAGAUUUUGAGAAACUCGAGGUGAAAUUUCAUUGGCCUAAGGCUCCAUAAGCUUGCCAGAAAGCGGAGUUUGCAAACGGAUCGGCCUCGAGGCGCGCAUGAAGUGAGUGAGCCCUCUCAGGCAGGUCUCUUGGGGACUCUCCGAGCAAGAGUGGGGAUUUUGCUUGAAAGGUCAGGGAUUACAUACCAAGGCUUCCAGUGCCGGGAAGAGCAGAGGUAAGAAACAGUGUUUCACACUGCAGUGCAGAAGCCCCUUGGAAGAGACCUAAAUGAUAGGAACUAGGAAAUGGGGAGGUCUUUGAGAGAUACUGAAGGAAACAAUACUCUGCGUUUUCCUCUGACAAGCAAUCAUGUGAGUCUUUCCCCAGGAGCUUCUCCUGUGCAACACCCCCAAAUUACUCGUAAACCAGUGGGCCUUACAAUUGAAAAUGUGCAGGUUGAAUUUUAAGGUCCGUAGUUUUAUUGUUUUUUAAGGUAGAGCAAAUUAAUAGACGCAGCUGAAGAAUGCUGUAGAUUUCAGAAUUAUUCAUUCACUGAAAGGAAUAUUGGAGAUUAGUUUCCAUGGCCACCAACAGAAGGAAACUGGAUUAUUUUAUACUGUUUUUAUAACACAGAAGAUGGAAGCUAUUCCAAUCUCCAUGCCGGAAGCAGCCGUUUCUGUUUGGCACCGAGAUUUUAGUAUUGGUAAUUUUGUAACCUUUAUUAUCAUCAGUGCUGAGGGUGCUCAGUAAAAAGAGGUAGAUCCUGAAACCAGAGCAUUUAGAAACCUGGAAGCCAGAAUCACCUUAGGGUGAAGGAAAAAAAAAAAAAAAAAGAGUGUGGUGUGUGUUUGCUUGUAUCUGAGUAAGUGCUUGUGACAGGUCAGUACAAGAUAUUUGAUUCCCUGCAGUCUCGCUCUCUAAUUUGAUCUUCUUCACAACGUUGGGAUGGCAUUUUCCAUUUAUCCCUGUUUACCUUUAAUAAAGACUAAGAGAUAAGCGUGUUAA